AUGAUGGGCGAGAAAGUUAUUGGUUUGCUGUUGAUGGUGGCCACGGUUGCUCAUUCUGCAACAUUGUGCUUGGUUCUGAGCUGUUGUGGUGAUUGUUAUAAGGUUAGGCAUAGGAGAGCUGCUACCGACAUGAAGGAGAAGCAACAAGUAUAUAUAUAUGACCAUUCUCCUGGUUCAACUUGGGCUGAGAAUUCCUUUGACACUACUCCUAGCUCCUCUUAA